UUUCCAUGUGACUUCAGUUUCCGUCAGUUCCUUCCGCAAGUGCUAAAUUAAUCUGAUGCCUGAGAGAGAUGCGGCAGCCCUUUGCUUUCUCUGCUCUCUAGGAGAGCACCGAGGUCUUGGGAGAGCAGCCCCCUUUGGAGAGGAUGAACCCUGGGGAGUUGCCUGGGCCACCUGGAGCCUGCUGCUCUUGAGAUGGAGUUACUGUCCCUUUGGCUCUCCCUGAGUUUCGUUGUGCUGGUUGUAGAGUGGCGGAAUGAAACUAGAAUGGCAGCAGCAGGAUACCAAGGGCUUUGUAAGCUGGUGGACCGAGUUGCUGAUUGCCAAAGACGACACCUGGAUUCAGUACCCAGUGACCUCCCAACUGAUUCAGUGGAGCUUAUCCUGGAUGCCAACCCCAUCAAGACCUUGGAGCAUCAUUCCCUCCUGCAAUAUUCUCACUUGGAGAAGCUGAGUCUAGGUAAUUGUGAACUGAAGUGCAUUGGACGAAAUACAUUCCAGGGGAGCAGCAACCUUGACACUUUGACCCUGAGCAACAAUUUCCUCUCAGUGAACUACACAGAGUCUGGAGCUGCUCUCCGAUCUCUUCUGGGCCUAAGGAAGCUGGACCUGUCAGGAAACUCCCUGACUGAGGACAUGGUGGCCGAGAUGCUCCUCAACCUCUCUUCCCUGGAGUCCCUGUCUCUGGCAAGGAAUGCCAUCAUGAGGCUGGAUGACACUGUCUUUCAGAGCCUGGGAAGACUCCAGGAGCUGGAUUUGCAAAGGAACUACAUCUUUGAGAUUGAAAGUGGUGCCUUCGACCACCUGAAGUGGCUGAGGAGGCUCAAUCUGGCCUUUAACCACCUCCCCUGCAUCGUGAACUUUGGCCUUACCCAGCUUCAGGUGCUGAACAUCAGCUAUAAUAUCCUUGAGUGGUUCAUAGCAGACAGUGGAGAUGCUGCCUUUGAACUGGAGACACUGGACCUCUCCCAUAAUCGGCUGCUGUUUUUUCCCUUUCUCCCUCAACAGAACAGGCUUCGCACCCUUUUGCUAAUGGACAACGAGAUGGGCUUUUACAGGGAUCUGUACAAUGCCUCAUCCCCAAAGGACAUGGUGGUUCAGUUCCUCCUCAGCAGUGGCAAUGUGACCAAUGUCACCACUGUCAACCUUUGGGAGGAGUUUGCCCUGAGUGACCUUUCUGCCCUUCAUUUCCUGGACCUUAGUCAGAAUCAGCUCAGGUACCUACCAGAUGGAUUCCUAAGGAACAUGACUUCCCUUUCUCACCUGAAUCUUAAUCAGAAUUGCCUCCAGACACUCUACAUCCAAGAGGAUGAUCCCCCACACUCCCUUUCUGACCUUAACCUCGGCCAAAACCAGCUCUCAGAACUGCGGGUGGCCCCUAGACUGACUAGCUUCCUAAGGAACCUUAGAUACUUUAACCUUAGCUCCAAUCAGCUCCAGGGAGUCCCCCCUGGCCUCUUCACCAAUACCAGUAACAUCACUACAAUUGAUUUGAGUCACAAUCAAAUCACCCUUUGCCCCCAUUCAAAAAAGGUUAGCCAACCUGCCUGUGUUGAUUUCCGAAAUAUUACAUCUUUGAGGAGCCUCUUUCUUGAAAACUGUGGCCUGGCGGCCUUGGAAGAACGCACUUUCAGAGGGACAUCCCUCACUCAUUUAGACCUGUCUGGUAAUCGAGGUGUUCUGUUGCGGGGCAUUACUCCUCUCCAGGACAUUGCCCCCACAUUACAGGUCCUGUCUCUCAGGGACAUUGGCCUUUAUCCCAAUGGUACAGAGUUGGAUUUCUUUGGGUUUGGGAAUCUGAGAUAUUUGGAUGUGUCGACAAAUUCCUUGACCAGCUUUCCACAGUUCUGGGGCAACCUGGAGCUACAGACCCUGGAUCUUCGGAGGAACCGACUCACAGCCCUUCCUCAGUGGGCUGGCUCUGAGCAACUCAAAAAGAGCCUCCGUGUUCUCUACCUCAGCCAGAAUCCAUAUGAUUGCUGCUGGCUGGAGGGCUGGGGUCCCCUCCACAGCUUGAAGACACUGCUCAUUGAAGACAAGGGAGCUGUCACCUGUAACUUCUCCUCCAACAUAUUUCGAGUGGUGGAACUGCCUGAGAAUAUAUCCCAGGAUUGCAAGUGGGAAAGAGUGGACAUCGGCCUGCUUUACUUGGUACUCAUCCUCCCCACCUGCCUCACCCUACUUGUAGCCUGUGUUGUCAUCUUCCUGACGUUUAAGAAGCCCCUGCUGCAAGUUGUAAAGAGCCGUUGCCACUGGUCCUCCAUUUACUGACCUGAGGAGAAUGUAAUCUAUACAUAUGAAAACUCUUUCCAAAAGAGUUUUUUCUGAAAAAAAAAAAAAGAAAAAAAAAGUGAGUCAGAUGAGCAGGUUGGCCUAGA